AUGGCUCCAAAUACAAGAUCUUUACAAAAGAACGUUCAUACCACACAGGAACUACCUAAAAAAGCAACUCCUGUUAGAAAAGCAACUUCCGCUAAAAAUGCAACUCCUAUUAGAAAAGCAACUUCUGUUAAAAAAGCGACUGCAAAAGUAGCAACUGCAAAAAUUAUAGAUAAUAGAGAGGACAAUUUACGAGAAGAAGAUUUAAACGAAAAUGAAGAUGAAUUAGUUGAAGAUUAUUUAGGAGAGGACGAUUUAGAAGAUAAUAAUUCUGCAGAAGUAUCGAAUCGUAUAUGGUUAGCACGUACAGAGACUUCACAUUCUGUAACAAAAUCUAAAGGCAAGGGUAUUGCGACAGCACCUUCGCAUAUAGAUGAGAAUUCAGCAACAAAUUCAAAUUCGAAAAUAAUAAAUUCAGCAGCAAAAUCACAUAAGAAUAAUGAAAAUGAUUUUGAAUGGACUCAAGAACCUCAAGAAGAUUUAACAGAGCUUUAUAAUUCAUCUAAUGAACUCGAAGCUGCUAUGUGGGUAGUUCAACAUCCAAGUGUUUUAAAUUUAGCCAACAUUAUACAUAACGGGAGGAAAACUAAAAUACAAGACAGUGAUAAAAUAUCUGAAAUAUCUACUAAUUCAUGCAAUUCUAUGGAUGUUGUAGAAAUUACUAAGCAUAUGAAAUGGCAAUUGCAAAAUGAAUGCAAGGCUCUUUUUCUUCGUACAAGAAACAAUACCAAAGAUCUAUACGAAGAGCUAGCCGUAAAAGUAUGCAAAAUUCGGAAAAGUGAUUAUCGUAUGGUGACAUUAGUCAAAGACAUGGGUAGUUGGUUCGAUGUUUACCGUCACAAUCUUCAUGUUGCUAUUACAUCUCUUGCAGGUGAUUUUGCUGCAACACAUCAACACGAAGUAACCUGGAAAAAAGUACUCAGGGUGCAUUUGCAAGCUACCGAUUUGCCAGUAUUAAAUAACGAUUCAGAAAUAAUUACAAAGCUCGGUACUUUUAUACGCCAAGCCGUUAGAGAUGUUCUUAUUGCACAGAAUAAACAACAAGAUACUAGAAUUGCGAUUAGGAAAUGUGACGAAAUCACUUUAGAUUUAAAAAUUCCAACUAAACUUGGAAUAGUCAAAACUUUACCUGUUAGGACACUUUUGACUUUUUUCCACAAGUAG